AUGAAUAUGGAUAGGUAUGCUUUUUUAUAGUUAUUUUGUGCUUUUAGGUUUUAUUGUAAAGAUAAACGCGUAUUUCUGAGCGGGGCUUGUGAAGAAAUGCAAGAUUAUAUUAUCUAUGGUAGGUUAAGACGGGGUAAUUGAUUCUGAAGGUUUUUAUUUUGAUAAAUUGGAUGUAAGUUACUUUUUAUGGCUUUAAUAUACAGAAAGUAAGCUUGCUGAGCUUUUUGAAUUCCAAGGGUUUUUGAUUUUAUAAAAAUAGGGUUUAUAUUAUCCAUCGUAGAUCAAUAUGAGAGUCUUAACCUUAAAGUUGGUAUUGCCUAAAAUUAGAUAGAAAUUAAUGCCAAAUUUUUGGGAGUAAUUUGAAGAAGUUUUACUGAACAUUUUUAACUAUUACUUCUUUUGGGUUUAUUAAAAUAUGAGUGUUAUAUUAUCCAUGAUCUAUCAAAUUGAGAGAGCGAAUUUUGAAGGCGUAUAUUAGACAAUUUGGAGUGCAAAUUGUUCUUAAUAUGUUGUCCAUAGCUUAUUGAAGGUUAUCUCAACAUUUUUUGUUAUAUUCACUUUUCUUUGUUUUGGCAUUUUGAAAUUUUGUUUCAAAUUUUUUGAUUUUCUUUUCAAAAAAACGAUUUUUUCUCAAAUUUUUGAUUUUUUUGCCAUUUUCAAAUUAACUUUUUGACAAUUCCUACAUUUUCAGACAAUGCCCUCGCAUGCCUGGUCAUUUCUGUCAAUUUUUACUCUACCAGAUGGUCGAUUCCGUCGAAAGAACCAACAUGGAUCCGACCUUGAUGGAGCAGCCGUAUUUUCAUGGAUUGUUACCCAGAGAAGACCUGCCAUUAAUGCUACGAAAUCGCGGCGAUUUCCUUGUCCGAUGCACCGAGCCCUCGAAAGGACAGCCGAGGGCAUACGUACUAUCCAUGAAGGCACCUGCAACCAAAAGGGAGCUGAAAGAAACUGUAGGUUUAUAUUACUGUACUCUGCUUGGUUUUUAGGUAUUUUGAGUUGAUGUUUUGGUGCUGUGGGUCAUUUGUGGGUACUGUAGUUUAUUAUUUGAUACUGAAGGUUAAUAUUGAUUAUUGUCGGACACGGCUGGAUACUGUAAGCUAAUAGUGGGUACUGUAGGUUUUUACUAGUUAAUUUAGUUUAGUAUAAAGUACUGUAGAUGAAUAUAUGAUACUUAAGAUUAGCAAUAGGUACUGUAACACAAUAUCUAAUACUGAAGGUUAGUAUAGAGUACUGUAGGAUCAUUAUGUCAUAAUGAACUUUAUUUUCAGGUGAGACACUUUAUUAUUCGAGUAGAAAAAGGAAAGUUUUAUAUCCAUCAAAAGCUAUUCGACAGUAUUACCAAGAUGAUUGCACAUUAUGUCACCACGGGCGAAGCUCUCAAUGUUGUAAGGCAUUUUUUGAAAAUUUGAAAAAUUUUUGGAUUUUUAUUUUAAAAAUGGCAAGAACUUUCUUUACAGGUCUUAAAAAGGGAUUAACUUUCUUUACAAUCUUGAAAAUGACAAUAACUUUCUUUACAAAAGACAAAAUAGCAAGAACUUUCUUUACAAGUCUUAAAAUGGCAAUAACUUUCUUUAAAGCCAUUUUUUUCAAUAAAAGUUUUAAAAUUUAGUUUUAGACCGCCCCAGAAACCGUGAUUGCUAGGCCCGUCGCCCGCCAAGACUGGGAAUUGUUGCACAGUGAAAUUACAGUAGACAAGCACAUAGGUGAAGGCGCAUUCGGGGCGGUAUGUCUUGGCAAAUGGACCUCUCGAUUAACUAACGUAACACUGGACUGUGCCAUAAAACAAGCCAAAAUGGAUGCAUUGAAUAAGGAACAGAUUAAAGAGGUCAUGACUGAGGCCAGGGUGAUGCGGCCGCUUGAUCAUCCGAAUGUGGUAAGGAUUUUGGCUUUAGAGUGGGAUAGGGGUGGUAAAAUAUGGGGGAGGAUCAAUAUUUUUAAAUUUUUAUUUUCAGGUCAAGCUAUACGGUGUAGCCGCCCUCCAAGAGCCCCUAAUGAUCGUAAUGGAGUUUUGUAAACAAGGCGCCCUGAACAGCUACCUCAAGAAGAACCCGUUGACCGUAGAGAAGCAGGUAGAGAUGUGUUUCGGUUCAGCAUGUGGAAUCCAUUACCUACACGAAUCAGGCCUUCUACAUCGAGAUAUCGCGGCCAGAAACUGCCUUUUCAGUGAAAACAAUGUCAAGAUUGCGGACUUUGGACUAACAAAAGAUGGCCCCGUCUUUGAUAUGGACCCGGCCAAACCAGUACCGGUCAAAUGGAUGUCUCCGGAGGCGGUUCAGACCACAAAGUAUACCUACAAGGCGGAUGUGUGGGCUUAUGGUGGGUGAAGGUUUGGUUUGUGCUUAUGAUGAGUAGAGUAGAUUGGACUUAUAGUGUGUGAAGGUUUGGUUUGGGCUUAUGGUGGAUGAAGAUUUAGGUUUUACUAAUGGUAGAGUUAAACUUUGGGAGUAUGGUAGGUAUAAAAGGGCAGGUCAGGUUCAAUUUUUCGUCCCGUCCUCUUUCAAAUUUGCUUUAUUCUUGGGACAGGGCUGGUCUUGGGCUUUCUUUUAGGCCUAAUGGUGGGUGAAAGCUUUGUAUGAAGGGAGACACGGAAAAGAGAUUGAAUUUUUACCAAUACGAAAGGAUCGUAUGGUACUGGCAGGGUUAAAAAAUACUUUUUAUGCUUGACUGUUUUGUAGUAUAAAAAGUUUUGGCAAGAAUUCAAAUUGUAAAUUUGUCCCCUUGGCCAGAGGGACGAAUUUACAAUUUUGAAAAAUUGAUUUUAAACGCUUUGUAGAGCAUGUAAAAUGUUUUUCAUUCUGAAAUUUCCGUAUUCAUAACUCUAUUUUGAACCAGGUUAUGGCUAGUUGGAAAUGCCGAAAAUCAAAAAAAGUUCGAAUCUUCUUGGAUGAUUUGAUCUUUUUUGACAGACUUUUGUAUUUUAGCCAAAAUGUUGAAACUGUAUAUUUACUACAAGGUAACCGGGCUUUGAAAUUGUGAAUAUAAACAGUAUUUUUAAUUUUAGUCAUAUUUGAAAUAAAACGCUUAAAAAUUUGAGAUUUUUGACUAUUUUUAUAAAAAAAGGUUAAAAGUGAAAGUUUUUGAGUUUUGAGAUAUUUAGAGCGAGUAAAAGCUUAUUAACAAUAUUUUGAUUUCAGGAGUGAUGUGUUUUGAAAUUUUUGCGAAAGGAAAUGAACCAUAUAUGGAGCUACAGAAGGGCGAGAUUGUGAAGAAAGUGAGAGAAGGUUAUCGACUCCAAUUCCCAUCUGUAACUCCACUCGAACUCAAGGUGAGGUGAUGAAAAAAAUUGGUCAAAAGAUCGAAAAGUGGCGGUCGAAAAGUUUAUAGAAACAUAAGAAAAAUAAUGGUCAAAAGGUUUGUAAAAAGGUGCUAGUACUGUCAUUUUUCUACUCUCUCAUAUCUCUCUUAAUACUGAUAUUUCAGUACUACUUUCUGCACCGCGUCUUUGCCUCAGAGCAGACCCGACCAACAAUGGGUGAGAUUGUCAGCUAUUUCGAGACCUCUUUCGGCUACACAGCUCCACCACUCAACGUACCCCAGAAGAAUCGAACCUACACCUUUUUGCGGCCCUUUGAAUCCUUCAAAACGAUACAGACCAAAGUUGUAAAGAAGCCAAUGACGCCAAGGAAAGCCAGCACCAAAUCCAAGAAUUCAACAAAGAUGCGCAUUUAAAGUCACUGCUUAUUAUAAAGCAUAUUGUACAGUCAUAAAGUCGAAGUUACUUUGUUAAACUUGGAGUUAAUUUGUUUAUGAGCUAUUUGUGAUGCUUUAGUAUUUGUAUUUCGAUAUUUUAUUACCUAACUUUUUGAUAAUGGAAUAUUGUGAGGGAUAUGAAAGGAACAUGAGUGCUUUAGCAAUUUUACAUGUUAUAUUGCUUUGUAUAGCUUUUUUAUAUGCAUAUUGUUGUGAAGAAUGUUUACUUUUUGAGGCGCUAGGACAAAUGCGGAUUUUGGACAUUUGCGGAUUUUUUAAAGGGGAUUUUUUUCUUUUUUAGUUAAUUUAUUUGUAGUAUGGUACUAAAUGAUACUAAAGUUUAAAUUGGUACUGUUUUAAUAUGUUUUAGUGCUAAAUAGUACUAAAUUUUAAAUUAGUACUGUUUUAUAUUUUUUGGUACUUUUGUCAGAGCUGUGUUUAAGGUAGGGGAAGUGGCAGGAACUGUGUUUCCAGAUAGAAAUAGAGCGGGAUUUACUUAUAGAAGAGGUAGUGGCAAGAACUUUUUUUACAAAAUGAAAAAUGGCAAAAACUUUCUUUACAGAAUAUAAAAUGGCAAUAACUUUCUUUACAAAACUCAAAGUAACAAAAAGUUUCUUUACAAAACCCAAAAUGACAAAAACUUUUUUUACAAAAUGAAAAAUAGCAAAAACUUUGUUUACAAAACGAAAAAUGGCAAAAACUUUAUUUACAGAUUAUAAAAUGGCAAGAACUUUCUUUACAAAACUCAAAGUAACAAAAACUUUCUUUACAAAACCCAAAAUGACAAAAACUUUUUUUUUACAAAAUGAAAAAUAGCAAAAACUUUAUUUACAGAUUAUAAAAUGGCAAAAACUUUCUUUACAGAUUAUAAAAUGGCAAGAACUUUCUUUACAAAACUCAAAGUAACAAAAACUUUCUUUACAAUCUUCAAAAUUUUAAUUUUUUUAAAUUUCAGGACUACGAAUACCUAGAAUCAGACCUGUCGACACACUACAACCCGAACAAUGUCUACUGGUACGUGAUGGAUUUGAAAGCGGAUUCAGUGUUCAAGUCGAGGUUAAGAGUUCUGUCAUCUUGUUUCCCAAAUGUCAUCGUACCAGACACCGAGUUCAAUAUGACAUCGAGAGGUGUCAAUCUAAACUAUGCUCAAUAUCAUUGUAUGGAGAUGAUGAUGGACCGCCAGUGGAGAUACGUCGUGUUAUUGGAGGUAAGUUGGAAAGAAUUUUGUUUACAGAAUAAAAAAAUGGCAAGGACUUUCUUUACAGAAAGAAAAUUGGCAAGAACUUUCUUUACAAAACCAAAAAUUACAAGAACUUUGUUUACAAGGCAAAAAAUUUUGUUGACAACAGAUAAACUGGCAAUAACUUUCUUUACAGAACAAAAAAUCGCAGUAACUUUCUUUACAAAACAUAAAAUGACAGUAACUUUCUUUACAAAGCGAAAAAUGGCGGCCAAUUUUCUUCUAUGUGUAACUUGUCAGCUGCAGUCUGCCAAACAUAAAAAUGACACAAAUUAGCUUAGCAAAAGCUUUCUUUACAAAACAUAAAAUGGCAAGGAAUUUUUUUACAGAACAUAAACUGUCAAAAACUUUCUUUACAGAACAUAAAAUGGCGAUAACUUUCUUUACAAAACAAAAAUCUGACUAAAAAUGAACUUCAGAACCACGACGUGCUAACAAAGACAAAUGGUGAACUAGUUCAAAUCUUUCGCGCAUACAAUGGCGCUAAUGAUGUUGGAGCUCUAAACUUGAACACUUUGGGCGCAGAUCGGCGAAAGUUUGCUGAGAUAAAUGAUUUUUCAUUCAAAGCGCUGGGUCUGUUCCAAAAUGACACUUUGAACACGGCCGAACAAACAUUGGCAAUCGCCAAGAGUAUAACAGCUUCUGCUUUGACAUUCGAAGCGGUUCGGCAUAUCUUCAAUGUAAGUUAUUUAAAAAUGAUACGGGCUGUGGGGGGGGGGCUAUGUUUUUAUGGGGAAGAUUAGUAUUUUUUUAGUUUGUUAAGGCGGUGGUUGAUUAAGCUAAAUCUACCAUUACCUACCUCUACCUUUACCACUUCACUUACCUUUACCACUACUCCUACUUUUACUUCUACCCUUACUCCUACUAUACUCCCAUCCUUCUCUUUAAUCCUAUCUCUACCUUUAAACCUACUCCUAAUACUAUAAUAUUAUUCUUGUAUUCUUAACCUUACCUCUACUUACUAGUAGACAUGAGGAACGGGUCGGCCUUGACCCAAACUUAGGUCGGGUUGGGCUUGAAAAUCAAGGUGUGGCUCGCUAAGCUUGCACUCAAGGUCUGGCUCGACGUAAAAAACUUGGGCCAGGCUAAACACUCAGGGCCGGUCUGUUCCUCAUAUUUACUUACCCUUACUCCAAUCCUUAUACCCCUGCUUUUACCCGAUCUCUUAUAUGUACCUUAUUUACCAAAUGGAAGUCAGUUCAUAUUUUAUUACCUAAUUUAAUAGAAAACUUAAUUUUCGCUUUUUCAGACUCUGAACACAACAAAACUGAUGAGUAUAAUGAACAGCGACAACUACGAACACGAAUCCUUUACCAGCUCGUUGAAUGCCAAUGAAAUCCUGAAUGUGCCGGGAGGAUUCACGACAGAAUGUUUGGACAAAAAGAAUAUCGAUCAGAUGGUGAGGUAGGUAUUUAUAACUUUUUUCAAGGGAGGAGGUUUAGAAAUUUAAAAAAUUUUUUGAAAUUUUGAAGUAAAAAAAACAUUUUUUGGCCAAAAUUUGGUUAAUGCGUUUUGUGAGGCAUGAGAAGUUACACUUAUAUUCAAAUUUUUGCGGACAUAUAUUAUGUUUUGGCAGAGUUAUGGGCAUUUGAAAAUUUUUAAAAAAUUUUUGAAAAGUUUGACAACAUUUAGUUUAUACGUUUUGAGAGCUAUGGAAAGUUGUGUCAGUUUUCAAAAUUUCAUUUUCAUAUAUUGUGUUUUGGCAGAGUUAUAAGCAUUUAAAAAUGUCGAAAAUCAAAAAAGUUCGAAAAUUCUUGGAAGCCACUUACUAAAAAUGGAUUUAAAGUGACAAUUCAAUUAUGAGUAGUAGACCUAUAUAGAAAUAAUGAGCUUAGAAAUGUCAUUUUCAUUGAUAUAAAAUUUAUUUUUAUGAAUUUUUCAAAAAAAAGUUACAGUAAACCAAAAUUUUUUUUUAAAUUUUAAUUUUGAAAAACAUUAAAAUGAACCCUAAAAUACACAUUAUGACCGAAACAAAUGUCAGAUUCACAAAAUGGGGUGGCCACGGCUGUCAUUCCAAGCGUGUUCGGCACGGUGUUUGCAUUUUCGGAAUGUCCGACCUGCGACCUCGCCUCAUGCCUCUGCGCCAGUUUACGGUGAACAAAAUGAUGCCAUCGAUUGACUUUGGUGCUAUAAAUUGCUGGCAUGAACACUUAUUCAACCGUACUCAUGUUCAACGAAAUACGACGGUUGAUACCGUCUUCUAUAGUAACAUACCUUAUGUUCGGUGGCAUAACCAGAAAAUGAGUAAUACCCUGAAUAGAACUACGUUUGCAUGUUGA